AUGCUGAUAACCCGUAUGGGUAGCCGAUACCUAUCUAUUGCAGGAUUACUUCAAUGGGUCCAACGACUUCACUUCGACGAUAUUGCCAGCCCCGAACUAUCCUUCUAUACCUGUCCCAUCAUCUUCGAUCGAAACUCAUCCGAAACACCGAUUCUAGUCCGCUGUGCAGAUAUGAUGUGGGCAUUCGCAGGUGUCUCAGCCAUGUACCCUAGAUCCCCGAUCUCCAUUCCCACCUCCGUAUAUACUCUUCCUCUCAGCAUGGCAGAACGAGUUGGGGGAUGGAACAGUGAUGCUGAGGCAAUUGGUGGAGAUAUGCAUAUGCUUCUCAAGUGCUACUUUGCCAUGGAUGGCAACAUCACCACACGUGUUGUCGCAAGCCCAGCGAGCCAAUGUAAUAUAUCCAGCAAUGAGCAUCGUGGCUGGCGCCGGGACAUGGAUAUUUUGGCAGCUCGCUAUCGUCAAGCUUUGCGCCAUAUGUGGGGUGCACUGGAUACGGGAUUUUUCAUUCGGCAGAGUGCUGCCAACCUGUCGCAUCCCAGCUGGCAAAUCCUUUUCAGCGGGACGCAAUGGGCCCUUGCGCAUCUUCUCUUCGAAGCGCACUUCCUUCCUUGUCAUUUGAUAAUCACGUUGGCUAUGUCAUCUAUUUAUUUCGCUUUCAUUUCCUCGGAGUCUAUGCAUCCGGAUUUGGAGUGGGCAUUUCAAUUCACCGGCGUUCUGGAGGUUUGUUCUUUCAUUAUGAUGAACAUCUGCAUGAUAGUCUAUGGAAAUUGGCAUAAUUUCUGCGUCAAUACCUGUCUUACGGACAUGAUGGAUGCCGUUGUCCCUGAUGCGGGCUUUUCAUUCCGAAAUGAGUGGAAUGGCGGUACUCUUCUCGAGCGUAUCCUUUUUCCCAUGGCGGGAACAUUGUUCGGGCCCGUCCCGGCCAUCCAAGCUGUCUUUUCUCAUUUCUGGACUGAUAGAUUGGUAUAUAAAGUAAGCCGAAAGCCAAGCUUCCGUCCAAGCUCUGUCUAA